AGUUAUGCACUGCGUUGUCGCUGGGUGGGGAAGGGUGAAGUUGCCGUCUGUGUUGGGGGUGGUGGUUGAGUGUUGCUCGUGGUGAUUUGUGAUAAAGAUGUGUACCUAUGUUUGAUAAGCGUGUAUAGCUGAGGCUAUCAGCGAAAAUAGAGAUCAUAGUUCAGUGACAAUUAAAUCGCUUUUUUCUGUGGUGUGCGAUAAAAGCCGAAAUUCACCAGCUUCUGACUGCAUGACAGCGUGACAUAAAGGAACGCCACCGUUCGGCUGAGCCCCGGGACUGCUGAAGCCGUCACACUGCGGGUUCGCUUUGCAGCUCCGCCGUCAGAAUGACUUCAAUUAUCAAGAACCAGAUUUUGAAACAUCUAUCCAAAUUCGCCAAGAACCUGACGGCGGACAAGAUCAACAUCAGCACGAUGCGCGGCGAGGGCGAGAUGUCCAACCUGGAGCUGAACGAGGCCGUGAUGACCGACCUGCUGGAGCUGCCCGCCUGGAUGCGCAUCACCCGCGUCUGGUGCAACCGCGUCACCGUGCGCAUCCACUGGACCAAGCUCAAGUCGGUGCCCAUCUAUGUGAGUCUGGACGAGGUACAGGUUGCCAUGGAGACCUGUGACGAGCUGAGGCCCAUGGCGGCCGCCCAGCCGGCCUACGCGUCCGGCGGCCGCUACGGCUUCUCCGACAAGGUCAUCGACGGCAUGACGGUCACCGUCAACUCCUGCUGCGUCAUGUUCAAGUCGCACGCCUUCGAGGCCUCCGUGCAGGUAUCCCGGAUCGUGCUCGAGUCCAAGUCGCCCUCGUGGCAGCGCAGUGACCUGCGUAUGACGCGGCUGCGGGACCCCGACCGCGGCGAGGUGCUCAUCUUCAAAGAGCUCCAGUGGCAGACGGUGAAGAUGGAGGCGCGCUCGACCCUGGACCAGGGCCUGUCGCCGCUCAGACUCAUCACCAACCAGUCUCACUGCCGUAUCGUCAUCAAAAAGAAAAUCAACGACUGUUCGGUGAUGGGGUGCCGGUUGGUGCUCAUCCUCGACGACCUGCUCUGGGUGCUGACUGAUGAACAGAUGAAGGCAGCACUCCACUUCCUCGACUCACUAUCGGGACUGAUUCAGAAGGCCACUGAACACAGCCAUCAGGUCAAGGCCGUCCGGAAACUGGAGAGUCUGCCCGAGUACCAGGCGCAGCAGAACCAGUCGACCCGCCGCAGUCAGGGCAACACGGCGCUGUCGCGAGUCUUUGCCAAGUACGACGUGGUCGAGACGUCGUACCACCUCUACUCGGACAGAAUCGACCUGCACCUCUGCGACGACCCGGGAGAGGGCCGCUCGUGCGCGCCGGAGCUGGAGGCCGGCGGCGCGCUGCAGGUGACGUUCAAGCAGCUCGAGCUCGACUACUACCCGUACCACCUGGCGUACGGCGACCGGCGCCACUGGGUGCGCUACGGCGAGUCGAUCCCGGCCCAGUGGCUGGAUCAGGCGCUGAGCGAGUUCCGCUCUCGGCUGACGGCGCUGCUUCUCAACGGCGGGCCGCACCACACCCGGCUGGCGCGCGCGCCGCCACACCUCAAUAAUGCGUCACCCGCUGCGGGCGGCGGCGGCGGCGGCGGCGGCGGCGCGGCGGCCGGGCCGGCGGCAGGUCCGCCCCCGCCGUCACCCCACCGCUCCUUCGUCAUGAACCAGCUGCGGAAGCUCAUGUCGGCCGCGCUGGUGGUGCGCAUCAACGACUUCGUCAUCUACCGCGUGUCCACCUCACAGCGGAAGACGGUGCUGAAGGAGUUUGUCAUGGGAAGACGCGCCAAGAGAAGUCUGGGACCGCGGCCUUCUAACCUAAUCUUCUGCUCUCCACGGGACCGAGAAAGGACGAGCGUGCCGGGCCAGUCAUCCAGUGUGCACGUGGAGAUGACGUACUUCUACUACCCGGGCAACGUGCGAUUUCCAG